CCACAAUCGACUCCGUUUCCAGACAACGGUUGUCGAACUUUUGAUAUUACUCCAACAGCAAUUAGACGAGGGAGAAAUCAACAUGGACGUCCCUCACACAGUAUCCGCGCCUGAUAUUCCUUACGCAUCAACAGCGUCGGCUCCAUCAUUACGCGCCAGAGAUUCGGCAGCAAGCAUGCCUCCUCCAAGACCUUCUUAUCUGGCAGGUGAAGAGGGACAGGGCAAUGUCAAGGUUGUGGUCAGAGUGCGCAAGUUCUUGCCACGAGAGCUUGAACGACAAGCGCCAUGUCUAAUCGAGAUGGACCCCAACACCCAGAAGACGACCAUACACCCUCCUCCUGCUGCCUCCCUCGAUGCCAAAUCGCGCAAAGUCUACGAAGAAAAGAGUUUCGUCUUUGACAAGUCCUUCUACUCCCAUGAUGAAUCCAUGCCACACUUUGCUCACCAGCAAGAUGUCUACGCCUCGUUCGGUGAGGACUUCCUGGACCACAACUUCGACGGCUAUCACACUUGCAUCUUCGCCUACGGUCAGACUGGUUCUGGUAAAUCAUACACCAUGAUGGGCACAAAGGAACAGCCAGGUCUCAUACCACGAACCUGCGAGAACCUUUUCCAGCGAAUCGAGCAAGAGCAGAAUGGCAACAUCACAUACAACGUCCACGUCUCGUACUUCGAAAUCUACAACGAGCACGUCCGCGACCUUCUCACCCCUCGUACCAACCCGCCGACCCACCUCAAGAUCCGCGAGAGCAAGUCAGAUGGCGUCUACGUCCAGAACUUGACCGACAGCCCCGUCAAGACUUUCGCCGACAUUCAGAGACUCAUGCACACAGGCGACUUGAACCGUACAGUCGCCGCAACAAAGAUGAACGACACUUCAUCCCGUUCACACGCCGUCUUCACUCUCACACUCAAGCAGAUCCAGCAUGACAUUGCCACUGAUAGCACCAUUGAACGCACAGCCCGCAUGCGUCUUGUCGAUCUGGCUGGUUCGGAAAGAGCGAACAGAACCGAAGCGACCGGCCAACGUCUACGUGAAGGAGGAAACAUCAACCAGUCUCUCACUACUCUCGGUCGUGUCAUUGCUGCUCUUGCAGACCCCAAGCGUCAACGCCCCAAUGCUCGCCCAAAUCAGACGAAGCGUCGUGCAGAUGUGGUUCCCUACCGUGAUUCGGUACUCACCUGGCUGUUGAAGGACAGUCUGGGCGGAAACUCCAAGACAGCUAUGGUAGCCUGCAUCUCGCCUACUGACUACGAAGAGACCCUCUCGACCCUACGUUACGCCGAUCAAGCCAAGCGCAUCCGCACACGCGCCACUGUCAAUCAAGAUGCCGUGUCUGCCGCCGAAAGAGACGCCCAGAUCAAGGAGAUGGCCGAGACAAUUCGCCAACUUCAACUCUCUGUCAACGCAUCAACCACACGCAAGCGCGACGAAGUCGAUCGUGCCGGCCAAGAGCUCGAAGACUACCAACGCCAGGUCACCAAGAUGCAGAGAGCCAUGGAAGAAUCUCGUGCUGUCGCCGACGUCAAGAUUCGUGCUCUCAAUGCAGAGCUGGAAGAACUUCGUCCCAUCAAUGAUCGCUUGAGAAACGAGGUUUCUUCUUUGAGACGUCAUCUUGCACUUGCUGUUGGCGAACUCAAGAACCCUAUCGUGCUUCCUCCUGCUGAAGAGAAGGCCGCCGAUGUACAUGAGAUUGAGGUGUACAGUGAUGAGGAAGAGGAAGAGGAGGACGAGAGCGAUGACGAGGGAUAUGCUUCCCAGCAUGCAGAGUGGCAGGCUGAUAUCGAUGAGCUGAUGAAGGACCUAGGCAUGUUCAAGCGCAAGGUCGCCGAUGACCGUAGCCGCUUCACCAUACCCGUGGUCGCUUGAUCUUGCUUGUCAGUAUCGCACCAUCACGAGCACAAGCUUGGUUUGGCUUAUGACAUUUUUUCGUUUUUCUGUUUCUAUUGUUGGAUGUAUCUUUUCUGAGCGAAGGAGCGAGGAGUUUUUCUUUUGUUGAUUUUCAUUGGUUCGGGAAAAUAAUGACAGCGAGGGUAAGAUGCGAUGUAGAGGAGAGUUGGCAACAGGAAGCAGCUCUGCAAGCACAGCAACAGUCUAUUUUAUGUCCGUAAUGAUUUGCAAAUUCUUUUUCUUCUU